UUCCCCUGUUCUCCUGCAGGGGCAGGUCGAGUACAUGGGCGCUGUGCAUCUGCGAAUCUGCAUCAAACACCGCACCCUUCAGACACAAACGCUGCUCUGUCUUGUCUCAUUACAUUGCAUAAUAUCGACGAGCCGUCAUGCGCGAGUGUAUCUCCAUCCACGUUGGUCAGGCCGGUGUCCAGAUCGGCAACGCCUGCUGGGAGCUUUACUGCCUGGAACAUGGGAUCCAGCCGGACGGACAGAUGCCCAGUGACAAGACUCUCGGAGGAGGAGACGACUCCUUCAACACCUUCUUCAGUGAGACCGGAGCUGGAAAGCACGUCCCGAGAGCUGUUUUUGUGGACCUGGAGCCCACCGUCAUCGAUGAGGUGCGCAGUGGGACUUACCGCCAGCUGUUCCACCCUGAGCAGCUGAUCACUGGUAAGGAGGACGCUGCCAACAAUUAUGCCCGUGGACACUACACCAUCGGCAAAGAGAUCAUCGACAUUGUGCUGGACAGGAUCCGCAAGCUGUCGGACCAGUGCACCGGCCUUCAGGGCUUCCUGGUGUUCCACAGCUUCGGAGGCGGCACCGGCUCCGGCUUCACCUCUCUGCUGAUGGAGCGUCUCUCUGUCGACUACGGCAAGAAGUCCAAGCUGGAGUUCUCCAUCUACCCAGCUCCCCAGGUGUCCACCGCUGUGGUGGAGCCCUACAACUCCAUCCUGACCACCCACACCACCCUGGAGCACUCUGACUGUGCCUUCAUGGUCGAUAACGAGGCUAUCUACGAUAUCUGUCGUAGGAACCUCGAUAUCGAGCGUCCCUCCUACACCAACCUGAACAGGUUGAUCAGUCAGAUUGUGUCCUCCAUCACUGCUUCUCUUCGCUUUGAUGGCGCCCUCAAUGUUGAUCUGACAGAGUUCCAGACCAACUUGGUACCAUAUCCCCGUAUCCACUUCCCUCUGGCCACCUAUGCCCCCGUCAUCUCUGCUGAGAAGGCUUACCACGAGCAGCUAACGGUGUCAGAAAUCACCAAUGCCUGCUUUGAACCAGCCAACCAGAUGGUAAAAUGUGACCCUCGCCACGGCAAAUACAUGGCCUGCUGCCUUCUGUUCCGUGGCGACGUGGUUCCCAAAGAUGUGAAUGCUGCCAUUGCCACCAUCAAAACCAAGCGCUCCAUCCAGUUUGUGGACUGGUGCCCCACUGGUUUCAAGGUGGGCAUCAACUACCAGCCUCCCACUGUAGUUCCUGGUGGAGAUCUGGCCAAGGUCCAGAGGGCUGUGUGCAUGCUGAGCAACACCACUGCUAUUGCAGAGGCCUGGGCUCGGCUUGACCACAAGUUUGACCUGAUGUACGCCAAGCGGGCCUUUGUUCACUGGUACGUGGGGGAGGGAAUGGAGGAGGGAGAGUUCUCAGAAGCCAGAGAGGACAUGGCAGCUCUGGAGAAGGAUUAUGAGGAGGUCGGAGUCGACUCCAUUGAGGGCGAGGGAGAGGAAGAGGGAGAGGAAUAUUAAACGGCAAUAAAUGACGCUUGGACAGGAAAGAAAUUGAUUUAAUUAGUCCUUAGUUACAUUCCAAAAGACAGUUAAUUACCACAUUGGCUGUUCAGAUAAACCUCCACAAAAUUCACUUUGGGAUUUUAAUUUAAUGUGAUAGGAAAUGUCAAAGAGAACAUAAGGUUGUUAGGUUAGAGUUGACUCCUUCACCGGUGAGGAAAAGGGUGUAUUAAAUGGGACAAAAAACACUAUUUAAAAGGAACUAAUUGCUUAAGGCAUUCCGAAAUAAAUGUUUAUCAAAUCUAUUUUUGGUUUUUCGGCUAAGUGAUGCAAGAAAAAUGUCAGUUUGGCUCUGUUCCAAAAUAAAUAUCCUGUAAAUGAAAA